ACAAAUCCUGAAACAAAAAGGAGAAAAUCAUGUUCAUGUUUACAAGCUUGAACAAUCAAAGGAAGUGGCUGUUGAGCACAGUGUUGAUAGGUGUGAAGUGCUGAUGAAUUGGUUUCCGCCAUCAGACAUUGAUAAAGAUGAACAUCUUUCCCAGUCACCUAAAUGUAUCUCCAAAGUCAAUAACUCUCACGAAGAUUGGUGCAUUAUGUCUGCUCCAGUACAAGUUAAAACGGAUUCAUUCAGAGACUCUAAAGCUAUCAAAGAUAAAAGUGUUUUUGGAGUCAGUGUCAGGCCAGGUCAUGCUAAUAGUCCACUGAACAGUUUGUCAGUCUCAACGGAUGACAGUGCUUACCACAGCAGUGUAGAAUCUUGCAGCUGGCAGGAGGAUGAUGUUUUCUUGGUUGUGGAGGACAAUAUUCACAUUUUUGAAAAUUCACAGUCUUUUUGUCCUUCACCAAACAGUCAUCAUACAAUGGGUGAGAUUUUGCCUUUAAUACAUGCUUUUAAACAGGGUAUAAAAAAUAUGUUUUCUAAAUCAAAGUCAGAGACUAGCGUCAAAGGGGCAAGUGCACAAUGUUUUGUGCCUUGUGUGAGCAGAUCUGUUUACAGUACAUUUCAAGUCAGGAAGUUUCCCCAGAGUAGUCUUCCUCAAGUGAAUGGAGGAAACGAAACAUUUCAAGAUGAUAAGUAUGCUAAAGCUGAAGAGUGGUUGGUCCAAGAUAAAGACAAGUCGCCUCCAAACCUCAUUUGUCAAAUAUCAGAUAAACAAACUGACAUUGACAAUACAACGAUCACGCAGAACUUUCCCACACAACAUAUGAUCGUCCAGUCAAGACAAGAAAACAAGCUGGCUAGAAAAUGUAGUAACCAAUUUAUUCCUUGUUCUGAUUUGCCUGAGAUCAGUUACAGUAAGUCACACUUACAUCAUAUUUCUGGUCACAAGAUGACCACCUCUGAGGCAUCUUCCAAAGAAAAAGAAUCAAGAUUUUCAGACUUUAUGCCAGCAUCUGUGAGAAAGUGUGAUGCUGUUGACACAGAUCUCUGUCGUUUUUAUCAUGUGUUCCGUGAAGGUGAACUAGACAGUCUGAUCACACAACAUGUGCCUGAACUAAAAAUUAUUCGUUCCUGCUAUGACCAUGCCAACUGGUGUCUGGUGGUGGAAAAGAUUUAACGCUUCUGUAGUGGCCAAGUGAAGUGUAACAGUCAGAGAUAGGACACAGUAGGACAACCAGCAUACUGUGCCAACACCAAAAAUAGGAGCAUUACCAAUCAUCACUAUUGUGACUAAAAUGUUUCGUAAUGAUUGAGCUUCUGGACAUUCCUAAUGUAUCAGUAAGUUUUAGACUUGAAAUGUGUUGCAUUUCGUAAGUCCAUAAAAAAUGUUUUUACAUUAAACUAUGGCAAACUUUGUUUCUUAUGGCAUUAUUUUAAAUUGUAUUUCUAACAGGUCAAGUAUUUAUACAGCACAAUUGCAUAUAUUUUUCUGUAAAAGCAUAGUGCAAGAUGGUUUUGAUAAACCUUCAGUUUUCAAUCAUUCGCUUCAGAUUGACUGUUAAGAUGUGUUCAAGUGAAGAUAAUAUGUGUUACUAAUCUUUAACUGAAGGACCAGGGUUAAUUUUGUUCACCCUAAAGAAAUGUAAUGUUUAUGUGCAGGUCCACAUUUAGUUCGGAGUAGAUAUUGGCCUGAAAUUUAACUUGGAAACCUGAGAUGAAAGAGUGUUGGGAAUGAUCUAAUGUGCAUUUAGUACACGCAUAUCCUAAAAUCUGAAUUUUUAUCAAGUUUAUUUUGAAUUCAACAAUUUUUGUAUCUAUUGUCUUUUACAUAUUCAGCAAAAGAUCUCCACCAGUGAUACUAGUUUUGUCUUCUCUGUUUCGAUUGAUCAUCAAGUAUUUUUUUAAACAGGAUAUUUUUUUUCAAAAAGGCUAGUGAUUCAUAUUUUACCUUUGCUGGAAAUUAAGUUCUGCUUAAUAUUAUAUCACCAUUGAAAUAAAUAUGCAUCAACGUUAAUCAAUUUGCAUCUUUUCAUGUCCAGUAAUUUCUUGUCCACAUCAGUUUUAAAUAUCAUGUGAAGUGCAUUAUUGUUAAUCCCCUUUCUGAGUAUUGAACGACUGUGCUGCAGUUCCUUUUUUUUUUUUUGCAUUGUGAAUUUUCCUUUUUAAUGUCUAAAGUAAUUUGUAUGAGAACAAAGAAAGAUAACAAACAUUUACAGAAAAAAUGUAAGUUUAUUAAAUGUUUUUUUUCUUUGCUGGAGUAAGAUCUCUUUGCUUCCACUGUUAUUAAUUUUGUAUAAGUUGUUGCAUAAAAUUAAAAAUAUCUAAGUCAAAUUAAUUUUUUAAAGGUAUUGUAAAAAUGCAGUGCAAAGUCUUAAGAAUGUCUUGGAUUCCACUGGAUUCUUUAAUCAGGCAGCUUUGAUUUAUGACUUAGUUACAAUUACUUGUUAGAGAUUUCUAGAAUCUUUUGAGAUGACUGUCAAUAAACAUAUCUGGCAUGAAGUGAUCCUUAUUACAUCAGUUUCAAAAGAUUAAUGCACGUUUGUCUAGAAACAGCAAAUAGACACCAACAAAUCUUUUCUUCUAACUGCUAUGUUUUUAUAUCUUGUUUAUUUCUUCAAAUAAUAGUGAGAAUUUAUGAUGGAAGAGUACUUCCAAAUUGGUAUUCCUAGUCUAGAGGUAAAUGUUGAGAUCCAGGCAUUUACAAUAAAGCACAAUUCAGUGUUUUUAUAAAAAAAAUGUUUAUCACUAUGAAAAGUAAGGCGUUGGGGUUUAGUCUGGUUAAAUAAUUGAAAGCCUUCUGGAUAAAAUAAUUGGGAGAAGAUUUCUCAAAGUUCCCUUACAGAUAAACGCUAUUAAUUUCACUGACCUCAUGUUGAUAGGAAUGUUCAUUGUUUUUCACUGAUGUAAAAUAGAUGUGGUAAAAUCUGAGUACGCUGGCAUGUUAGGAAUAUUCAUGGAUGUAACAGGUGUAUAGUUGUUUGUACAGAGUUUCUCUUUGGUACAGAGAGGCUAGCCUAGCUAGAGACUUCUUGCACUGUAAGAAUUAUGGUGUCAGGGAGACCAAAGCACUGGAAAUAUUCUGCUUUAGUUUAUCUUGUCUUUUAGUUGUAAUAGACAUUCUUGGUCUACAGCUUUUCCAUAUGCAUUCUUACACUUAGCUAUUAUGUGACCAUGAACUUGUAUUACUGGACUGCUGGCAGAAGUUUUUUUCCAGUUAACUACUAAAACGAGGCAUGCUUGUACAAAGGUUCCAGUUUAUUCACAUUUCAGAUUAACUACCGAAAUGAGGCAUGCCUGUACAAAGCUUUGUUUAGGCUCGCCGAGACUAACAGCAGAGAACUUCACAAGAGGCUAAAUGUUCUUGGCAGACAGACAGCAAUCCACCUAUACACAUAUGCCUGUUCAAGUGGACUAAUAGUGAACAUUUGUUGGACACUUAUAUAAUUUUAGCACAAUUAUGAUUAUACACAUUUAUUUGUUAUAUAGGAAAGUUAGCAGUAGCUCUUGAUUGUUAACUAACAUAUUCAUGUUAUUGUGCCAAGCAAUGCGAGAUGUUUCACUCGGUUUAUUGAAAUGUCCACAGUCCUCCACCUUGUCACAUACAAUACUAUUGUACUCAGAAUUUGAGAAUAUGGGUUUUUCCAUGAUGAGCAAAAAUAUAAUGUGCUGAUAGAUUUAUGUUAGCACUGUGAUUUUGUUUGUAGAUCUGUGUGAUAUUGUCUGCAAAGAAAUUGUCAGGAGUGUUUAAUGCUGUGCUUUUAAUUGUGGCAUGGGUCUUGUUUCAUAAUAAAUGGUCGGUAUAGUUUAAAAUUAAAAUACAUUUGGGUAUUAUGUUAUAUAAUAAGAUGUUGUGGCUGAUAAAAGUAUUUAGUGUGGUAUUGGGCAGAGUGGUAUUGGUGUGAAUCUUAUGUGAGGUUUGUCAUCAUUUCUUUUUAAGUUGUAAACAAAUAAAGUAUCAACCAUUC